AUGGGAAAUUCCCAAUUAAGCUCUAUUGGAAUGGGCGGUAAUAAUACAACUGCAACAACAAACACUUCAGCCACUAGCACCUCACCAUUGAACAACUUAUCGUAUCUCACCCCACCAGGUUCAGCAAGCAACAGUUUGUCAAGCUCAUUAUCAAGUACGGGCUCUUCAUCGUUGUUUGGCUCACAUGUUUCCAAUACAUCGUCAACAUACUCAUUCCACAAUCCAAGGUUGAGAUAUUACUUAUCCAAAUCGUUUGACAUUGAAGAUGACUUGGAGUUUUGUCCGGAGAUUGUGGACCAUAGCGCUACUAGUCCCGGAAUGAAAAAAUUUAAUCCCUACACAUGCACAUCAUUUUCACCAAGUCAGGAACUUUCACAUCACAACGUGUCCCUGCAGGGUAGUGCAGUUUCUGGCAGUGGUGGUGCUGGUACCAAUUCCCCAAGAGCAUCGACUCCAAGAAUCAAGAAAGCUUUGGAAAUUAUCAAUCCUCAAACUAAAAUGAGGGUUGGUUCUCCAGCAACUUCCCAAAAUAAGUAA